GGGGCGUGUUUCUUCCUUGUGCUAGAGAGUGCUGUUCCCUCGAAAAAUCGCCAUGGGAUGGAUUCACGACCAUUGGGCGUGUUUCUUACCUGUGCCAGAGAGCAGGACGAUGCAGAGCAGGGCCAACCCAAGCUGGAUAGCAGGGCAUCAUCGGAGGCGGAGGAGAGGUUCGACUAGAGCACUGACAUGGUGGGGUUCGGUAGGGUCAAUAAGGUGACCCACAGGGCUUAGCAAGACGAUCAGAGACGCCUGUAGGAGCAGAACACAACUUCGGAAGGAUGUUCAUCGGCAAUUAGAGAAAAAAGAGGUGAAAGGAUCGCUUGUCAAUCUGGCACCGCACAAACUUCCUCUCAGGAGACGCCACCGGGUGGCGCUCCAACCCCUAGUCAUAGUAUACAGGAGGAACAAGCAACAGACCUGGCAAGAGGAGGCAAAAUGGAGAAGCCAAGCGUCGAGGAAACUCUGCUCCAGAGGAGCCGGGACAAGAAGGAGCUAGUUGGGGAGAGCUUGCCGGUGGGUGACGAGGUGAAGCGGCAGCUAUGGCUGGCCGGUCCGCUCACCGCCGGCAGCCUGCUGCAGAACCUGAUCCAGAUGAUCUCCAUCAUGUUCGUUGGACACCUCGGCGAGCUGCCCCUCGCCGGCGCGUCCGUGACCACCUCCUUCGCCACCGUCACCGGAUUCAGCUUGCUGGUUGGCAUGUCCAAUGCCCUGGACACUCUGUGCGGCCAAGCAUUUGGCGCCGGGCAAUAUCACCUCCUCGGCAUCUACAAGCAACGCGCCAUGCUACUACUCACCGUCGUGAGCAUCCCCGUCGCCUUCAUGUGGUUCCACACCGGCCAGAUCCUGCUCCUGUUCGGCCAGGACCCCGACAUCGCCAUGGAGGCAGGCACGUACGCACGGUGGAUGAUCCCGGGUCUCUUCGCCUACGGACUGCUGCAGUGCCACGUCCGGUUCCUGCAGGCACAGAACGUCGUGCUCCCGGUAAUGGUCAGCGCCGGCGCGGCCGCCCUGUUUCAUCUGCUCGUCUGCUGGCUGCUCGUGUACGUUGCCGGGAUGGGCGGCAAGGGCGCUGCUCUUAGCAACGCCGUCUCCUACUGGGUGUACGUGAUCUUACUGGCAGUGUAUGUGAGGGUGUCGAGCUCUUGCCAGCAGACGUGGACCGGGUUCUCCAUGGAAGCCUUCCAUGGGGCGCAUGACUUUUUGAGGCUCGCCGUGCCGUCUGCUCUCAUGCUCUGCACGGAAUGGUGGUCGUUCGAAAUCCUCGUGCUACUUUCGGGGCUUCUUCCAAACCCCAAGCUGGAAACAUCCGUUCUGUCGAUCACACUCAACACGGUUAACUGCCUCUUCAUGAUCCCCUAUGGCCUUGGCGCUGCCAUAAGCACCCGUGUCUCGAACGAGCUCGGGGCGGGGCGGCCACGGGCAGCCCGCCUCGCCAUGCGGGUCGUCGUGGUCUUGGCCAUCUCGGAAGGAACUGUCAUGGGGAUGGUCGUGGUCCUCCUGCGCUUCGUCUGGGGCCAUGCGUACAGCGACGAGGAGGAGGUUGUGAGAUACGUUGCCAGGAUGCUACUGGUCAUCUCGGUUGUCAACUUCUUUGAUGGAAUUCAGUGUGUUCUCUCAGGUGUGGCUAGAGGCUGUGGGUGGCAGAAGACCUCUGCAUGUAUCAACCUCGGCGCGUUCUACUUAAAGCCAAACUGGCCCUUAGUUGGUGUACCGGCAGCCUACCUCGUAGCCUUCACGCUGCGCGUCGGCGGGAUGGGCCUUUGGAUGGGAAUCAUAUGCGGUAUUCUGGUGCAGGUCUUGCUGCUCGUGACCAUCACGCUAUGCGCUGACUGGCAGAAGGAGGCAACCAAGGCGAAGAACAGAGUCUUUGUUUCUUCUCCUCCAAUGGACCUCCUCACGACAUGA